GCGCAGCCCCCGCGGAGGAGCGAGCCCUGCCGGGCGCCCGGGUGCGAGCCCCCUGGGGUGGCGGCGGACGGCGCGGACGCUCAGGGCCGCCGCCCGCCCUUGGGGGCCGCCGGGGCGCUCCUUGCCCUCCGUGCCUCCGCCGCGGCCCUUCGCCCCUCGUGGCCGCCGCCGGCCGGGCCUUCCCGCUGGGCGUCCCCUGCCACCUCCAGCCUCCCCGGCUGUGGGCUCUGGCCAGCGGGGAGCGGUGGGGGAUCAUCCCCCGCUCCCCUCUGCCGGGGGUGGGCGAGCGAAGUCGUUGUGCCGGCGGGUGGGUGGUUGGAAAACGCAGCAGGUCUGCGCGCCCGGGGGUUCCCCCACUGUCUGCGUGCCCUAUGGGGUAGGAGCGAGCAAACCAAAUGUGGCCGGGGAGCAACGGGAAAUGAGAAGUGUCACUUUCCCACUCUUGAAAGGGUGGAGGAGAGGGGGGGAAAACCCACUUGCAGGUCGGUGUUCGAGCAGAAUGAACUUUUCAGAGGCGAAAGGCUGCUUUUCUCUCCAGUACCACAUGCGUGAGCAGAGCUGCGCUAUGUUAUCUAGUCAGAGUGAAGUCAUCACAAGAGUCAUUCAGAGACUGUGUGAAAAGAGAAAGAAGAAUGUCCUUGCAUAUGGAUACUCCUUAUUGGAUGAAAACAGUUCUGAUUUCCAUAUCAUGCCGUCUUCAAAUAUAUACAGCUACCUACCCAAUACUGCAACAGAGACUCUUCGUAUGAGUGGCUUCUGGGAAACGCUGCUGAGCAGGAUAGGGGAUGAUGUGAUGAUGUAUUUAUUGGAACACUGUGCAAUCUUUAUGCUGGUCCCCCGUAGUAAUUGUUACCAAGUCUGUGGGCAACCAGUUUAUGAGCUUAUUUCACAUAAUGUAGACUCAUCCCCAGUGUUUGUUAAACAAAGAUUUUCAAAGCCUAAACGUAGUAGCUUGCUUGACUAUAUGCAAAAAAGGCUUAUGUUUCAUAGGCAGUAUCUUUCAAAGUCGCAUUGGUGGAAAUACAGACAAAGACUUGAAGCUAAUGUCUCCAGCAUGGGAAAUAAAAAAAAUAACAAGAAACAAAGCGUAGUGUCCGGUUACCAGUAUUCUGCAAAAACUGUUUCUAAAGCAAGCAAAGAGAUGAGAAUGGUUACUGAACAUGUGGAAAAACAGAGUAGCUCCGGUUUAUAUUUGUCAGCUACAGCACCAUCCUUAAAAAGGAAGCUUAAUAGGGAACAACUUGAAAUUCCAGCUAAGAGAGGAAAAGUAGAGAAAGUGAGAGAGGAAAAGGCAUGUAAUCUCACUCCUGAUGUAAACCAAGCUAGUUCCAAGAGAUACAGAACUGACUAUGUAGAAUCACAUUCUGUAAGUCUCAUUAAAAAAAAGCACAUUUCUCAAAGAAGUAACAGUGAUAUGUCUGGUCCUUCUUUAGUUCAAAGUUCUUGUGACGGGAAGAAGUUUGUGGCAGGAGAAAGCUCUUUUCUGCGAGGAGUUCAGAGUAACAAACCUUUAAAGUCCAGAAAUGAAAUGCAAGCAGAAUCCUGUAGGAAAGGAGUAGAGAUGCACACGUAUAAAUCUCAGCUGGAUUCUGUACAAAUCAGCCCCCUGGAGGGUAUUUCUUCAGAAUGCAGAAGGCGGGAAAGUCCCCUAGCUCAUUUGGCAAAGAAGUUACCAAAUACACUCCUGCGUUCUGCAGUGUACAUUGACAGGAAGCUGCUUCUGUAUUCUCGCAGGAGUUUCCAAGAAUGCUUUCCUAAAUCGUUUUUACUGAAUCGCUUGCAGGGCUGUCAGGCAGGUGGAAGACGGCUUAUAGAAACGAUAUUCUUAAGGCAAAAUCUGUUGGAGCAAAAGCACAGACAAAAUCGGCCACAUCACAUCUGGAGAAAGAAGAGGUUGCCCAAACGCUACUGGCAAAUGAGACAUACAUUUCAGAAGCUGUUAACAAAUCAUGGAAAGUGCCCUUACGUAGUUAUUUUGAAAAAAAAUUGCCCUGUCUGGAUAUCUGAAACCAGUGUGAGAAAAGCCGAGCUGCCUUGUCGGGCAGCCUUGCCUGGGGAAGCAGAGGUUCGCGAGGAAGCAGAGCAGUUUGGGAAAGAGCCUGCUAAGCAUGUGACAAGCAGCAGAUGCAUAUCUGGUUGCACUGAUGUGACAGACAAUUUACGCGCUCCUCUUGCAAAAUCUGUGGGCGGGGAGUCGCGGAGUGGGGAGCGAAACCCAGGAGAGGUGUGUGAUUCAGCCCUCCGGGCGCUCCUCAAGCAGCACAGCAGCCACUGGCAGGUGUACAUUUUUGUGAGGGAGUGCCUGGAGCGGGUCGUACCUGCUGAGCUUUGGGGCUCAAACCAUAACAAGUGCCGGUUCUUAAAAAACGUGAAAGCGUUCAUUUCCAUGGGGAAGUUUGCUAAGCUUUCGUUGCGGGAGUUGAUGUGGAAGAUGAGAGUGAAUGACUGCAUGUGGCUUCGUCUAGUCAAAGGUGAUCACUUUGUUCCUGCCUAUGAACAUUGUUUCCGUGAAGAACUUUUGGCUAAAUUCCUAUACUGGCUGAUGGAUACCUAUGUUGUUGAGUUGCUCAGAUCGUUUUUCUAUAUCACCGAGACCAUGUUCCAGAAAAACAUGCUUUUCUACUACCGCAAGUUUAUCUGGGGCAAGUUACAGAACAUUGGAAUUAGAAACCAUUUUGCCCAGGUACAUCUACGUGCUCUAUCUUCGGAGGAGAUUGAAGCUGUCCGUCAAAAAAAGUACAUUCUCGUGGCAUCAAAGCUCCGGUUCAUUCCCAAAGUGAACGGGUUAAGACCCAUAGUAAAAGUGAGCGGUGUUGUUGAAGCACGAACAUUCAGCAGGGAAAGCAGAGAAAAGAAGAUGCAUCACUACAACACUCGGCUGAAAAAUCUGUUUAGUGUGUUAAAUUACGAACGGACUAUAAACACCAGUUUUAUCGGCUCUUCGGUGUUUGGGAAAGAUGAUAUCUACAAGGCAUGGAAGAAGUUUGUUACAAAGGUUCUUGAAUCAGGUGGUGAAAUUCCUCAUUUCUACUAUGUAAAGGCUGAUGUAUCCAGGGCUUAUGAUACCAUUCCUCACAAUAAACUUGUGGAAGUGAUUUCACGGAUCUUAAAGCCGGAGAAAAGAACUGUCUACUGCAUACGGCGCUAUGCUGUGAUCAUGAUUACCACGAGUGGAAAAGCGAGGAGGCUCUAUAGGAGACAUGUUUCUACUUUUAAGGAUUUUAUACCAGACAUGAAGCAGUUUGUGUCCCAUCUUCAGGAGAGUACCUCACUGCAAAAUGGAAUAGUAGUUGAACAGAGCUUAACUUUUAAUGAGACAAGUUCCAGCCUGUUUAAUUUUUUUCUUCACAUGAUAAGUAACAACAUCCUGGAGAUUGGGAACAGGUACUACUUACAGUGCUGUGGAAUUCCACAGGGCUCCAUUUUGUCAACCCUACUUUGCAGCUUAUGCUAUGGAGACAUGGAAAACAAAUUACUCUGUGGAGUGCAGCAGGAUGGAGUCCUAAUACGUCUAAUUGAUGACUUUUUGCUGGUUACGCCACAUUUAAUGCAGGCAAGAACUUUUCUAAGGACUCUAGCAACAGGUAUUCCUGAGUAUGGCUUUUUAAUAAACCCCCAUAAGACAGUCGUGAAUUUUCCUGUUGAUGAUAUCCCAGGAUGUUCCAAAUUUAAACAGCUGCCAGAUUGUCGUUUGGUCCCAUGGUGUGGUUUAUUACUAGAUAUACAGACACUUGAGGUUUACUGCGAUUACUCCAGUUAUACCCGUUCUUCUAUCAGAUCAAGUCUUUCCUUCAAUUCAAGUAGAACAGCUGGGAAAAGCAUGAAAUACAAACUGACUACAGUCCUCAAACUAAAAUGCCAUUGUUUAUUUCUUGAUUUACAGAUCAACAGCCUUAGAACAGUUUUCAUUAAUAUCUACAAGAUUUUUUUACUGCAGGCUUACAGGUUCCACGCCUGUGUUCUCCAACUUCCAUUCAACCAGCAAGUUAGAAACAAUCCUUAUUUCUUCCUAAGGAUCAUCGCUGAGACCGCAUCAUGCUGUUAUUCUAUACUGAAAGCAAAAAACGCAGGGGUUACUUUAGGUAACAAAGGUGCAUCUGGCAUGUUCCCUUCUGAGGCAGCAGAAUGGCUCUGCUACCAUGCCUUCACUGUCAAACUGGCAAACCACAAAGUUGUUUACAAAUGCCUGCUUAAGCCACUAAAAGCCUGUAAGAUGCAGCUCUUCAGGAAGAUCCCAAAGGAUACUAUGGCACUACUGAAGACAGUAACAGAACCAUCUCUUUGUCAAGAUUUCAAAGCUAUACUGGACUAACCAAUUGAAGUUUAUUUCAUAUUUUUUCCAGGUUUGAAAAAAAAAAAUGCUAUGUCUUUAGAUGACUUUUCUCUGUAGCUUAUUUUGGUAGAGUGGACGGAAAGCAACUUCACUCAGAAGUUUUCCAUAUUUGUUUCUCAGCUACCACACAACGACUUUACAAAGAGGAGCCGUUUUGUUAAUGCCUUCUUGUUUGUGUUUGCCUGUGAAUUCACGGGCUAUUUGAAGUAACUGACUUGGUUUGGUUCAGUAAUUCCCAUCUUCUUGAUGAAGGUGUCAUUAAACUCUGUAUGAACAGAUCUACUUUCUUGUUUCAGUGUGUCGUUUCUGAAGAACUGUUCGUUGCUUCUCUGUGUUGCAGACUGUUUUAUAGUAAAUUGUCUCGUUAAUUGCUAGAACACAUACUUGUCUCCAAUACCUUUAUUUUAUAGGGAUUUUUAGCAUCCUGCCCAGCUGGGUUAUAUCCUGAGAGUUACCUGCACAGGGCAAAUGCAUGUCAUGGCACUAUCUAGCAAAAUGUGCAUGUUAGAAAUUUUAUGCUUUAGAGAUCACAACUAAUAUAUGCCAAAAUUUCAGUGUCUAAGCUGGUUACGUUUAUGUUUGUUUUAUAUAUUUUGAGUACUUGGUGGUAUUUUUAAUACAGUGACAUACAGAACAAUAGUGGUGCUUUACACCUACAAAACAAAAAUUCUUGAAUAGAUAAUAUACCAAAUAGAUUACUCUUUUGUUUGCAUUUCCUGUUCUUUAUUUAGGUUUAUCUUUGGCUUUAGAUUGUUACUGAAGUACUAUCUGGCCCCGGCAUUGGCCUGUUGUGCACAGCUGAAUUUUGCCCUGUGUCUGCUCUGAUAAACCUGCCCAUAUGUUUUUGUGGGUUUUUUCCUCUUCCAGGCUUGUGUGUUGAAUUUACAUUGUUCUGCUGUAUAGCUCUUUUAUUAGGAUUUUUCUGUCUCUGUUAUAGACUAAAUAGCAGCUGCUGGGAGGUUUUCUCAAAGCAGAUGGGCGAUAUGUUGCUGGAGUGAGACACAGUGUAGGCAGUGUUACUCAGUAGGUGUUUUCAAAGGAUUGACAAACCACCACCACACAGGGAUCGGUAACACAGUUCCUGGAAGCCAAUUUGUGGUAUUGCAGUCUGUCCAUUAACAUCGUAACUCAGUUCAAACUGUCAAAACGUACAGAGAGUCAGUCAUACAGUUGGUUUUUUUUUUUUCUUUCUAUGAACUGACACUGUUCAAAUGAAAAUAAAAUUUAUAAAAGCACCAUAGAACAAUUGCUCCUACUAGAGCAGGGAGCAGAUGAGGAACAGCCCAGUUGCUCCCCAGCCAGCAGAUCAAACAUCUAAAACCCCCUGUCCCCCAGAAUGUUCUGUAGUUGUAUUGGUGUGAGAGGACAAUAUAAUGGACAAAUUUGCAAAAGAGAUGCUUGGUGGUGCAGGAAUCUUCAUUUUAUUGGAUCGUGAAAGGGAGAGGCAAUGAAAUGCUCCAACAAGGGCCUUGUCAGGGAUGAGACUUGAGCACCUGGAGAACUUCCCACGCUUUGGCUGGAGCUGUUCCUACCUGUGGCCAAUCACCCUUUACCUGGACUUUCUCCUGCUUCGCUUCCCCUCUCCUGCUGUAGUAGUUGUGGGUGAUACAAACUUCGACUCUUUGCUGCUUAUUGCACAGGCCCUGUGGAUUUUUUGUGUCAUAGAAACAGUUUGGGUUAGAAGAGACCUUCAGAGGUCAUGUUGAGGAAGGCUGUGCUGGUGGGCAGCACUGGGGAUGAAUGCACUCUUUGUCCUGGUCACUGUGUUCUGCACGAACCUUCAGAGAAGGCUGAGGCAGAGGAGCCCAGUAGUUUCCUGUGAGCCAAGGAGCAUGCCUGUUUUGAAAAUAAUGGUCUGGAACAGGGGUUGAGCAGCCUGAAAGGUACCUCGUGAGUCAAGAUCCUACAGCACAAAUCCAUUUCGGGGAUGAGGAGCCCCUAGGAGGGGCAGGGAUCCUUUCUGCAGUGAACAGCUGUGCCACAACAAACUUCCAGGGUGAUCAGAAGAGUGUCCUGCAUAAGAGCGGUAGAUUACUGAAGCACAAGCUGUGCUGAACUGGUGAGUGUUUCAGGAAGCACUGCAGAUAGGUGGGCUGGGGAGGACUAGAAGAAAAACUCUGUCUUCCCAUCCAAGAACGAGGUAGUUAUGAGCCUUUGAACUUCAGUUUUUCCAUGUAAGCCAAGACAUGUUUUAUUUUGUAAUUUUAAUGUUAAAGACAGAAGUUUUUGAUGUCAUUCAGCAUGCUCCCUCCUGGAAAAGGAUGGGGCUUCUUGCCACCUUAAGGCUCAGAACAACGGGUCCUGUUUCCAGCAUCAUUGCGUCUUUAUGUGGCUUCCCCAGGAUGCUCUAACAUGAAGAACAGAGGGAAUGCAAAAUUCACCAGUGGCUUAGAUUAGCCCACUUUUGCUCUGUAUCACAAUGGAUGCUGUGAUAAACUGCCAAUGUGGUCUCAGUUGAAGGUGUAAUUUUAUAAAAAUGUGUAAAGUGCAA